CCGUUAGGGAAAAGUCGCAAAGAAACGGGAGCGAAGAAACGUCUCCCGCGGAUUUCGACUGUUGUCAUUUUCACGUUCGAGGAUGUGAGAUUUUUAUAUUGUAGGUUUGUUUUAUACUUUAUUAAAAAAGAUGGUAAGUCUCAGUCAGGAACUAAAGCGCUGGGCUGUUGAGGAACUUGAGUUGCCAGCAGCCAGACUCCCGGAUGACGGCUAUAUAAAAACGUUGUGUGUCGGUCCUGGAGCUUCCAUCUGGAAGUAUAUCACGCAACAUGUUCAUAAGGAAAGGAACGUUCGAGUCAUGAGAGGAAAUAUUCAGUGGUACAAAGUUUUACAAGAUAAAGAGCUUAAUCAGAUGAAAAAUCAGAAUAAAGAUGCAAGAAGACUUGAGCUUCAGAGAGAGAUUGAUGCCCUUCAGACUGAACUCAAUCAACUGGACACAAAAAUCAGUAGAGUGGAGGAUCAACUUGCUACUGAAGAGCAGAACGUGAACAGAAGCUGGGAGGACUUUACAGAGAGCAGGCACAGACAGAUCCUGUUGGAUUCUUUCAGGCAGCGCUGCGCUGAGGAGAGAAAUGUACUGUUGCAGGACACACACAUGAUUGGCACCCAACGGCAUGCCCUGGAAGAGCUGUCCAAGAAAGCAGAGGUGAAGCUGGUGUUUGGGCCAUCUGACAGUUCAGACAGUGAAGCUGGAGCAGAUCCUUUGGUUUUAAAAGAUGUAAGAGAGCUCUGCAGCGAGAGGGUCCUCUUCUUACAGGGCCUGCUAGAGAGUGAACUGAACAUGAAUCCAUCCACCGAAUUUACUCAUGAACAAAGGAAAGCGGUGAUCCAGCACUGGACGAGUGCGGUGGAGAACUUUCUACACGCUCAUCCUCCAAACCAAGUUCUUUCGGCUCUGCAAGCCUUGACCUCCAGACAGCAGGUGGUGUUAGAGGAAAAGAUUGCAGCUUUGAAUGUAGAGCGUGACAUUUCGGAUCUAGGGUUUCGUUAUGAGAGUGAUCACCUAAUAGAUGUGUCACCUGGGCAGGAAGAGGAUUUAACACCUGUCCGCAGUCUAUUACAGUCGGCCUGGGAGGAGGUGGAGCAGAGUUAUUUUGAAUUGGCUCAGACUCGCAACAGAUGUGGACAGCUGGAGACUGAACUCACGGCUUUGAUGAGUAAAGCAGAGAGGGCACAUGGAUCAGACCCAGUGUCCAGGUGUGUGUUUGAGUUGGAGAUGGAGGGUGUGAAGCAGACAGCAGUCAGAGACAGCAUCAGAGAGCAGUGCGCUCAGCUACAGAUGCAGGCCAGAGAGGGGCAGGAUGCCAUCAGAACUGUGCAGACACAGUGGCAAAGUGUCAUGGACUUCAGACAGCUUGUUGACAGAAGACAAGAGCAGAUACGGCGCCUGAUCAAGGGAAACUCCAAUGUGAAGACUGAGUUAACUCAUGUCCAUGCAGAGGUUGGACAGUUUGUUCAAAAAAAGCUCAAUCCUCAGUUUGGCAGUGUUAUUAAAGCCAGCAGUGGACUGCGCAACUCUGUGUCACAAGGGGCCAAGCAUUUUAGCUGCGUAGCACUGGCUGCACUGGAUCGUAGGGUCAUGAAGGGCAGAGGGCAGAAACUACCAGCAGCUCAGCUUUCCAUCCACCGGAUACAGUCCCCCGCUUUCCACAAACUGUGUGAAAGUCUUUCAUUUCCCAUGUAUAUGGCCCCACAAGAGCUGUGGUCUCAGGCUGCAGCUCUAAGGCUGGAGUUAAGAAACCUGCACAGACUUCUUCAGCUAUUCUCAGAGUCAUCGGCAGACGUGCAGAAGCUGACAGCACAGCUACCAUCGCCCGAUCAGCAGACUUUGGUGCAGCGUGUGAAGAUGGUAGAUGAAGAGAUUCUGCAGACAUUGCUCCCACGGGCCCGUGAGCUCACGCAGAGGUGUUCGAAAGGCCUGCUUUACACAGAACAAGUGAAGACUGCCAUCUUACACUGGUGGGAGCAGCCUGGUCAGUUUGCCCUGCCAGAAAUGCAGAGAGAGGGACUGACUUUCCAGCAGUGGCUUCAACGAUGGAAACUGGCAACAAAGGAAUCCUGACAACUUUAUCUGUACAUAAUGUACAUUUCAUUCUCUUUCAAUUUACUCUUACUUUACACUCAAAAUAACCUGAGUAGGAUUUAUUUACUUUACUAACUUUUCUGCAAAACAUUCAUUUGUUUGAGGAUACCUUGUUCAAGAAAUAUUUUAUGCACUUUUUUUUUUUUCCUGAAUUUCUCAAUAAAUAAUCUAAUAACCACUGGAAUAAAGGAGCAGUUGUAUGUCAUGUUUUUUUUUUUGUUCUGUUACCAGUGUUGUUUUUGUUUAACAUCAGCAUCCUCUUGUAGGAGCUUGUGUAAUGAGACUGUUUAUGUAAUUCUCUUAUGAACAGUAACAGUAGCUGUACUUGUACUGGGUUAGACCAAACAUUGAUCUGUAAACACAAUUAAACUAACUUUGUGAUGACUGCC